AUGCUAUUAUUCAUAUUAAUAUUUUGUUUGUCGUAUUCUUUCCAAAAAUGUGCGCUUGGUGAAAGGUUAACGUUCUCUUACGAUCCCGUCGAUAAGAAAGCUACAUCAGCAAAUUCAACAGAAGCUGAUUUAUUUGGAGUUGCAGAUGAUAUUCAACCAUUGUUAGAUCUGGUUACAAAUGCUACAACGACAUUUGUUAACAAUCCAAAAGGACUUCUGUACGAUGCUAAAGCAGGUGACCCAAAGUCCCAAUUUUUAGUGGGAAUGCUGUAUGCCAUGGGUCCUGAUGAUCGACUUAUCAUUCAGUUGCCCCAUGAUGAGUCGUUAUCAACAUUAUACUUGGAGUUUUCGGCAAAACAAAACUAUACAUAUGCAUUACUUGCUCUCGGAUAUCGAUAUUCUGCAGGAAUUGGCACUCCCAAACAACUGGAUAAAGGAAUUAGCUACUACCGUCAAGUUUCUGAGCAAGUAACCUCUUUAGUCCGUCCUCUAACACAUUUCGCUCGAGAUAUGGAAAAAGAUUACCCUGUUGAUGUUUAUGACCUUUAUGGACGAUAUUCUUCGGACUCGAGCAUUUUACAUAUAAGAGACGACAUGCUUGAAUAUUUAAAAGACUAUGCAGUGAACGGAAAUAAUAUAACGGCACAUUUUCAUUUGGCCGCUGUAUAUCACCGUGGUCAUUUAGGCAAACCAAAGAAUCCCGCUUUGGCAGUGAAGCACUAUCUAUCUGCUCUUCGGCUCGCUUAUCCAGGUAUUUCUGAAGAUUAUAAAAAAGCGAUAGAUCAGAUGUACGACCUGAAUAAGAAUGGUCUACCCAAAAAGGCAAUGAAGGAUUUGGACAGCAUCGCCAAUACUGCUUUUAAUCUCGGAUGUAUGGAAUUACAUGGCGAUUUUGGAAAACGAAAUCUAACCGCUGCUUUCAACUGGUUUAAUUUUGGAAGAUCUUUGAACCAUUCUUCUUCUCUAUCAGCCCUUGCAUAUUUGUAUGUUAUGAACUAUCAAGUUCCUUUAAACGAAUCAGAAGCAAAGCAGCUUUUGCAUAACGCUUUUUCUCAAAUGGAUCCCAUUGCAUAUACAAUUUUAGGAAAACUUGCGUUCUCUAAAAACAACAUUGAGGAAGCGCUAAUGUAUUUCAAAAAGGCAUUCGAAGGAUCUCACUUAGAAGCAGCUUUAUAUCUUGCUUACAUCUACUCGAAUAUCGAUCAGGAAAAAGCAAUCUUAUUUUAUGAAAACUUUAUCAGUAGAACUUUGCAGAUGUACUUUGAUUUUAGGGCUUUGUCUAUGGAUACGAAAGUGAAGUAUUUUUUUACUCGACUUUCUGCUGAGUUAGGGAAUCCCAUGUCGCAAGUUUUGGCAGGUAAAAAUACCGACCCUUCCAAGUCCUACUUGAAGAGCGCUAUUUUUCCGUUCACCAAUACCACUUAUCGUGAGGCACAAAUAGCUCUCACUUAUUAUACUCGAGCCGCCGUAAGGCAUCAUGUCGAUUCGAUGAUAAAGGUUGCUGACUUUAAUCAAUUUGGACUAGGUACACCCAGAGAUUCUUGUUUGGCUUUCUCUUUAUAUACUCAAGCUACAAUGGAUCGUUCUUCGUUAGCUUACUGGCGUCUAGAAUUGAGUAGUAGAGGUCUACUUGCUAUUCUCUUGGCUAAACUACGAAUGAAGUUAACCAAUCCUGAUACUAAGCUUUCCGUAGUAUAUCACGCUAUGGGUUUGGUUAUUAUGGGUGUUUUAAAGAGCGUUCAAAAAUUUAUUUUGUUUCUCAAUUCAAUUUUCUCACGGGAUCACCCAAAAAAGAAUAUUGAUUUGCUCGAUAACUCCUUUCUUCAAAGUUUUUCCCAAAAUUCAGACGGAUUAAAGUCUAUGACUCCAGAACCAUCCACAAAAUCUUCGGAUACGUUAACUUCGACGUUCGAUAUGAAUUCGUUGGAUAGGAGAUUUAUUGAGACUUUGUUUGUAACUUUGUUUGUAAUUAUCGUCGGUUAUAUCUUGAUGAAGCGUCAUCAACAAUUGAGAAGUCAUCAAGUGCAGGUGGAUAACCAAACGCAAAAUGAGAAUAUCGAUAGGCUUCCAUUCGAUGGUUAA